UCGAAUCACUUCGACCAUAGUUCAGGGGUCACUCUGAACAAGACGAGGAAGAACAUACUGAGAAUAGUGAAGAACGAUUACGAAUAAUAUCGAUAACAGAGUGAACAACUGAGAUGAACAACGUUUAGAAUACGGUGAACAAUGUAAACUAGCGACAUUUGAAAUAUCGUGAACAACACGAGCCAAACAACGUGGAACAAACAGCACUCGGAACAACGCGAGACAAACAACAGUGUAAACAACGCGAGAGGAACAACAGUGUGAACAGCGAGAGACGAACAACACUCGGAACAACCUCGCGCACGCACGCACGCAUACACAUAAACGCACGCACGAACACAUAUACAAACACACGCACGCACGCCACCAUGUCGCCGAGCCUGCCCGGUCCGCACGACUUCGACUCGGAGCACCUGCUGUCGUUCAAUGUGUCCGACUACGGCAAGCUGCGCGACAUGCUCGAGUCGCAGCAGCUGUCGGUGCCGAUCACGUGCGCCGUCAUCAUCCUGCUCGGCGUCGUCGGCAACGUGCUGGUCGUCGUCAGCGCGCUGCGCACGGCCGACAUGCGCACGAGCACCAACCUACUCAUCGCCAACAUCGGCGUCGCUGACUGCCUCUUCUGCAUCUUCUGCUGUCUGCCGGACGCCGUGCGCUAUCACCUGUGGCACUGGCCGUUCGGCUGGGGCAUGUGUAAGGUGAUGUACUUCUUCGCGUCGGUGACGCUCUACAUGCGCAUCUACACGCUGCUGCUGCUCAGCCUCGAGCGCAUGCUGACGCUCAUGCACCCGGACGUGAACCGACGCGCGAUGUACCUGAUCAUCGUGGGCGUGCUCUGGAUGGUGCUCUGCCUGAACAGCCUCUUCGGACCGAUCGUGUCCGUCGUCGUCGAGGUGUUUUACCCGUGGGAGGGCGUCGCCUACGACUGGUGCGUGCUCAUGGGCGACACGUUCAACGAGUUCUGGUGGGGCAUGUUCAUCUUCUCCUUCAUGCUGCCGCUCGUCGCCGUCUACCUGAUCUUCGCCGUCAUGGCGUACCGCUACUGCUUCGGCUACUCGCUCAGCCGCUCGAUGCGCGACAUACCCGACGCAAAGUCGACGACGGUCGUCGUCUUUCUCGUCGCCGUCAUGUGCACCGCCUGCUGGCUACCGCUCUACUGGAUCAUGCUGUCCCAGACGGGCGGCCCGACGCACAUGCCGCAUCACCUGGACGUCGCCGUCGACACGGGCGGCAGCGUCGCCGUCGCCUACGUGCUCGGCUACACCGACAUGUGCAUCAACCCGCUCAUCUACUUCCUACUGAUGCCGGCCUUCCGCGGAGAGUUCGCUCGCGCGCUCACCGUGCGCUGCAAGAAGACGGUGCUCAUGAAGAAGCAGAAGGAAGACGACCAGAUGGAGACGAGCAGCCUCAACCGCGCCACCAUUGAGCUGUGA